UUUUUUUUUUAUCUGUGUGGCUGUGCUGAAAUCUGUACAACCGAUUCUCAUCAUUUUAAUCUGAUCAUCCCUUCCUCCUUGAUAUCCCUUGACCCCCUUGCAUAAUAUAAAAAAAAGUAUGUCUGCCCUUCGUUUUCCUAAUCUUCCUCCCUCAGAGCCUCAAGGAAGCGAUCUCCUUGCCCAAGAACGUGCCAGGGCCACAUUCUCAGUCCACGAUCUGUCUAUUUAUCUCUAUGGCGAGGAAUACCUUCAACGUCAGCAAAAGAUGCUCGAGUUGAUCGAGAAUGAACCUGCGUUCGACAAGUCUGACCGCUACUUCUUGGGUCGCACUGAGAGUUUUGCUAAUGCGCUCCGUAAGGAUUACACAUUGGUCAAGUUGUCUCAGGAACAGAAGUGGAGACCUGAAGAGUUCCAACAGGCCGAUCUCUUGAUCGAUCAGCCUGGCCCCUUCGGUCUUCAUCGUGGUAUGUUCAUGCCCACAUUAGUCUCUCAAGGAACAGAGGAACAGUAUGAAAAGUUUUUGAAGCCUGCGAUGAGAUAUGAAAUCAUUGGCUGUUAUGCUCAGACUGAGAUUGGACAUGGAAGCAAUGUCCAGGGAAUUGAGACUACAGCCACAUACAUUCCAGAGAGCGAUGAGUUUGAGAUCCAUACGCCUUACUUGACGGCUUGCAAGUGGUGGAUCGGAGGCCUUGGUAAGGCUGCAAAUCAUGCAGUUGUCAUGGCCCGUCUCAUUACUGCUGGAAAGGAUUAUGGCCCACAUGCCUUCUGUGUUCCCAUUCGUUCUAUGGAGGAUCACACUCUCCUGCCCGGUGUCAUGGCUGGAGACAUUGGCCCUAAGUUUGGGUACAACACCACAGAUAACGGAUGCAUGUGGUUCGAUCACUACCGUGUCCCACGCAUCUCGCUUUUGGCAAAAUACUCGAGCGUUAAACCCGGUUCAGGCGAAUAUGUCAAACCCCCCAACGACAAACUCUCCUAUGGCACAAUGGUUCUUAUUCGCGCCUCGCUCGUCGGUUUAGCCCGUUUGGGACUCUCGAAGGCAGUGACGAUUGCUACUCGUUACUCUGCAGUCCGCCGCCAGUUCGUGGAUAAGGAUUCGCCCAAGAUGAUGGGCAAACAAGUGAUUGAGACCCCAGUUUUGGACUACUCAAUGCAGCAAUACCGUCUCUUCCCUAUCAUUGCAGCAGCAUAUGCCUGUCACUUUACUAGUAAGGAGAUGAUGCGUCUCUACUACCUUAAUAUUAAGGAGAUGGCUGCUGGCAACUUCUCUCUCUUGGCAGAUGUCCAUGCCUCUAGCUCUGGACUCAAGUCACUCACCACUACUAUGGCUGCUGCAUCAAUUGAAGAGUGCCGUCGUGCCUGCGGAGGACAUGGUUUCUCAUCUUUCUCAGGUUUGCCAUUGAUGUUGCAGGAUUAUGCACCUAAUGUCACAUGGGAGGGAGAUAACUACAUGAUUACACAGCAGACAGGUCGUUACCUGUUCAAGUGCUUCCGUGACCUGGUUGCUAAGCGUGCAUCAGGCAAGUUCAAUGCCAGCUUGAUCACGAACCCUACAUUGGCCUACCUCAACACUUACUUGGACAAUCCCGAUCUCAAGUGCCCGGCUACCAGCCCGGCUCAGUUCCAUAACCCCGAGAUCCAGUUGGCUGCAUAUGGUCAGCGUGCAGCCUAUAUGAUUGCACAGAUUGUCCAUGCUUUGGAUGUGGAGAAACGCUCAUGGAACUCGAUGUUGGUGGAGAUUUACAACGCCUCUGUGGCUCACUGCCAGUUGAUCUUGGUUCAGAACUUUAUUUUGGGUAUCCGUGGUGACAUGCCUCAACCGGAGGGUGUUGUUGAACCCGAAAUCUCUACGGCAACAAAAGAGGCUUUGACAGAUCUGUCAGAUCUGUUUGCAUUACAUCAGAUCCAUAAACAACCUGGCGAGUUCUUGACCUCAGGAUAUAUUGAUGCUAAGCAGGUGUCGAUGAUGGGACAGGCGAUCAUGGAUUUGAUGGAGCACAAGAUCCGUCGCAAUGCAGUUGGAUUGGUGGACGCAUUUGCAUUCCCAGAUUAUUACCUCAACAGUGCUUUGGGACGUUUCGAUGGCAAAGUCUAUGAGGCCUACACAGAGAUGGCGACGCGGGAACCAAUCAAUCAGACUGAGGUCGUUGAAGGAUAUGAGAAAUAUAUUAAGCCUUUCACGAACCCUCAAGGAAAGCAAGGCAAAACUAUUCAAGCUCGUCUUUAAAAAGAGUGAUCAACCUCCUUUUUUAUUUUUUGUUUUUGAUUGAAUGUAAAUAUACACAUCAUGGUAAUAUUCCUAUUGAAUUUAUUAGAAUAAUAAAAUAACAACUUUCUUUAAUAAUAAUAAUAGCAAUAAUAAUAAAAGAAAAG